GGGGGGGACUAUAAAGAUAUCCUUUAUAUUCUUAUUUAACUAUUAAAAGUGAUUAUCACCACAUUGCCUACCGGAAAGUAAAUCUUGCUCAGUUCAAUGAGCCUUUAUUCUGACACAUAUUUUGCACCGUGGGGAUAGCUCAGUUGCAGGGGAUAGAGCACCAGACGCUUAACCUCAGGGUCGCGGGUUCGAGUCCCACAUUGGGCAAAAGAUUCCUGCAUUGCAGGGGGUUGGACUAGAGGGCCUCGUGGCCCCUUCCAACUCUACAAUUCCAUGAGUCUAAGUAAGUAGGUAUUGGGUUGCGGGCUUAAGCUCCCUACAUGGGUUUUAACAUUAAUGCAGAUGUUGUACAAUAAAAAGGAACAGAUCCCACGUAACAGGGAUAAGAUAAGACUAUCAAUGGCUAGCUCUGCUUCCAUGGUCAGAGGCAGAAACGGACCCUCUAGCUGUCCCUAUUUUCUAGUAACAGUCCUGGAUUUACAGGUUUCUGAUUUGAUCCUGGAAUGUCCCACUUUUCCUAAAGACGUCCCUAUUUUCAUCGGAGAAAUGUUGGAGCGUAUGGAGUUAUGCAACCCCUGAGCCAAGCAGAUAAGUAACUAUACAACCUUUAGAAGACAUCUGAAAGCAGGCCUACGUAGAGAUUUUUUUCUUAGAAAAUGUUUACUGCUUCAUUAUGUUUUUAUCUAUGUUGGAAGCUGUCCAGAGUGCCUGGGGCAACCCAGUCAGAUGGCAGGAUACAAAUAAUAAAUUAUGAUGAUUAUCAUCAUCAUCAUCAUCAUCAUGAAAUAAGAUGUCCCAUUUUUCAUUGGGAAAAUGUUGGAGGGUAUGCAGUAAUGCUUCUGAAUGCCAGUUGCUGGAAACCAUAGCAGGGAGAGCACUCUUGUGCUUGGGUUCUGCUUGCAAGUUUCCCAUCAGCGCAUCUGAGCGGCCACUGCGCAAACAGGAAGCUGGACUAGAUGGGCCACUGGAGUGUUAGCCAGCAUGCUCUUCAUAGGCUCUUUCUCAGCCUGCGGGCUGCAUUCCCUGCUAGGCCACAUACCAGUGAUGUGUGGGGCCAGAGGCAAGAAAUGAAUGCAAUUUUUACCUUGGUAUGGUAGGCUAGUUUCUACACCCACACCCACCCCACCCCCUUCUCUAGCCUCCUUCCAGGCAAGCAAGGGGCAUUAUUAGAGUGCAGUGCCAGUGUCGCGUGUGGAGAAAGUUAUGAGGGGCCAGAUAUAGACUUCUGGAGGGCCACAUUGGGCCUCUGGGCCUGAGUUUCCCCAUCCCUGCCCUACAGUGUGGGGGUGACUUGUUUUUAGACCAAGCCUUCUAAGAAGGAGCCCAUCUGUAGUAGCUGCCUCAUAUUGAUGCUCAGUUUUCAAAGGCUACCUAGAGCAUCUCUCCUUGCAAAACACCCCUUAUCUUAUCGUUAACUUAUCACUGUCUUUGCAUCCUGACUCCCCCACAAUGCAUCUUCUUUUUUCCUUUGGUUGUUCAAAUUCCUGGUGCAUUUUUCUGCCUAUAACUUGUUAUCUUCUCAGUUCUAAGGCAAGCUUAGCAUUAGCUUGUCAAAAUCUAGCCUUCCUUUCUUGGCAUGCUGUUGAUUUUUAUUUUAUUUUUUGGCAAGCAAGUUUGAGUAAGGAGCAUCUCUUGGGUACAUUUCUCUCCGCCCCUGGAUGUUUGCCUUAAUUGCAUUUUAAACUCCCCCUUGCCUUCCCACCUCGCUCAGAGCUGUGUAUGUGCAUUAUCAUUAAUAGCAUUUGUUUCCCCCCUCUGCUUCCAAAACAGCUUACAUAACAUUCAGCUAAAACAAGACAGCCCCUGCCUACAAGCUUACAAUCUAAAAGGCACAACACAAAAGGAAAAAUUCUUAGGAGAAGCGCCCAGGGUGGCGAAGGAAUGUAAUCUUGGAUUCUAAGUAGGUGCUCUUUUAAUCCAUUGGUGGUACUGAGACACAGUGCGGGGAUCCUGCUAGCAAAAGGCCGAGGGAGGUGAUUUUUGCCAAUUUCUGCUGCAGCCACUUGAUCUGCCGCCCAUGCUGCCUUUGGUGGAAAGAGUUCCCCAAUCCAGCAGGGAUUUCUGGGGAGUACAAACUCCAGAGGCUGCAGGGGGAGUUGGGGGUGAUCACCUUCUGCAAGCAGAAGCCCAACUAGGAUCCAAGACAUUGCCUUACGCCAUUUCAUAGAAUCAUAGAGUUGGAAGAGACCACAAGGGCCAUCGAGUCCAACCCCCUGCCAAGCAGGAAACACCAUCAGAGCACUCCUGACAUAUCCUUGUCAAGCCUCUGCUUAAAGACCUCCAAAGAAGGGAUUGUUUGUCCUCACAACAAUCCCAUGAGGUAGGUUCACUAGGCUAGGAGACAGAGAGAGUACAGUGCAGCUAAUCCUACCUAACCCAGUGGGAAUUUGAAUCUGGCCUCCUGUGUAUCCCUCCCAGAAAUAUAGAAGAAUUGGAAGGGACCACGAGGAUCAUCUAGUUCAACCCCCUGCAAUGGAGGAAUUUCUCAAAGCUAAUAAUAACAAAUAAUAAUAAAUUUUUAUUUAUAUCCCACCCUCCCUGGCCAGAGCCGGGCUCAGGGCGGCUAACACCAAUAAAAUAAAAUCUCAGUAAAAACAUAAUAGGGGGAAAAGAGAGGGAGAAAAAAACCCAAUUUAAAAUACAGUUUAAAAUGCAAUUUAACAUGCAGCCUCAUUUUAAAAUAGCUGAUAAAUCAAGACCAUAAGGGGAGGGAAACAUAAGGGUCAGACCGAGUCCAAACCAAAGGCCAGGCGGAACAGCUCUGUCUUGCAGGCCCUGCAGAAAGAUGUCAAGUCCCGCAGGGCCCUAGACUCUUGUGACAGAGCAUUCCACCACGUCGGGGCCAGUGCUGAAAAGGCCCUGGCCCUAGUUGAAACCCAUCUAACCUCCUUGAGGCUCAGGACCACCAAAGUGUUGUUAUUUGUGGACCUUAAGGUCAGUGGUAGAGCAUCUUCCUGUGGGACAUAAAAGGUCUCAGGUUCAGCAUCUUCAAACAGGCCUGCCUGAAAUCCAGGGGAGCUGCUGCAGGUCUGUGUUGGCAGUACUAAGCUAGAUGCGCUCAUGGCCUGGUUCUCCAGCUGCUCUUUCUAAGGCAGGUUAAAUGCGGCAAUUAAUUUGGAGUGGGGGAAAUUCCACAGGGAUUCUUUCCCAUUUUUUUCCUGGAUGAUAGGCAGGGUCAGGUGGAUUGAACUGGUGAUCAUGCCGAUUGCCUGCCCGCCCCAUUAUCAGGACAAUUGUCAAUUAAUGAUUAAUCAGAACGCUGGGCCCAGGGAACAUUCAGAAGGAGCAAGCUGACCCCAUGGCAGGACGUGAGUGGGGCUGCUGUGGGUGGGCAGAUUUUGGGAGUGGGGGGGGGGGUUAGAAAUGACAAUGAAGGGAAGGGAACAGUUCCUAAGCCAGGCAACGGAAAUAAGAGUCCAGGAGCAAAUACUAUUUGUAGGGUGGGUGGAAAUUAGUGGGGUUUCUUUCCUGGCUUCCCAAAGGCACAGAAGGCAGAGAGAAGCCUGGAAUAUGGCAACAGGACGCACUGUCACCCACACCCCAAAUACUUCACAAAAGAAACUGAGGUCUCAGGAGGGUCCUCUUAAGUCCCCUCGGCAGACCCUUGGUUGUCUCUUGUUUGAACUAUUUUCUCCUCUUUGCUGUUUCAACCUCUCACCUCGAUCCUCUCUCCUCUGUCCAGCCGUCUGCUGCCAAAGUCCUCUGGCCUCUGGCAUCAAAGGGACGCUCCUCUUUCAGUCUCAGCACUGGUUUCUUUUGUCUUCUUCCCAAAUCCAGCACCGACUCCUUGUUCUUGCCUUGGGUUCUUAGCCAUUGCACGACACGCUGACACAUCGCUGGUGCAUCCUUUCCUGUGAACUUUCUUCUGCAGCAUCACCACCAUCUACCACCCAAAGGUCUCCUGCCUCCUCAAAUGUUUCACACCCCUCCCCCCGCUUUCUGCCUUGCUAACUCAUAAGCUUGCCAUUGCUCCCCCACCCCCAAAAAUAAAAUCAAGUAAAUAAAUAAAAACACUUAACUAAAACUAUGAAUGAUCAGACUGUUUGAAACUGAAAUGCUUGCUGAGGUCACAUGGAAGAUGUUGCGGCGCAUUCUGGCGAGGCAACUGGUGAACUGACCAAUCGCGUUGCAGGUCGCUCGGUUCUGGAAUAGGACAGGUGGACGUGUCCAGCCACCCCCACCCCAACAUAAAUCCUGGCUAUGUUCUUGGAGCAGUGGCAGAACUCCCUAGCUCCCAUGCUGUUUACCAAACCUGGGAGAACCCUCAUUGGCACUCAUGUUGGGGAGGGUUUUUAUGUGGGAUAUGAUCAGUGCUUUUUUUUCUGGGGGGGUGAGAGGGGUAUGCACACCCCUAAACAUUUUGUGAGUCUAAUGGGAGAAGAAAUUUAAAAAAAUUAAAUUUUUAGUUUCUUCUCUAGCACAGUGAAUUGUCAGUUCCGUUGCUACCCCUGAUGGUGGCCUUUUGUCCAUUUACUGUAUUUAUUUCCCCUAAUUUGAACUAUAAAAUGGUGAUUUUCUUGAGUCAAAAUGAGAGUACCCCUAAACAUUUUUAUUAGAAAAAAAGCAUUGGAUAUAAUGGGGAGGGGCUAAACCAUUUAUAUGCCCCCCUUGAGGUGCUUGGAAGAAAGGAGGGAUUUAAUAAUCUUUUGUAAGGCUUUUCUUAGUUGUUGUUUUUGCAAGCAGUGUAUACAUUUUAUGAAAUAUAUAAUAUAAUGGCCAUCCGUCACAGAUACCUUAGCUAAGAUUCCUUGGCGUCCCUUCCAACUCUACAAUUCUACGAUUCUGUGAUAAUAUAAUAUAUUAUUGCCAUUUUCCUCUUUCUGUUAAGUCAAGAGAAUAUCCUCUUUAGGAGAUCCAGGUACAAAUCCUUACUCCGCCAUGAAGCUCACUGGAUGAUUCUCUUCCUCUCCUGCUCUCCUCCUCUCAGGGUUGUUGGGAGAAUGAACUGUUGAGGGUGGGGGAGCAGAAAAGGGAGGAGAUAAAAUUGGGGAAAAUAAAUGAGCCACUGCUUUCUUACCUGCUCCCACAGCAGCAGAAACUUCGCCUCGUCUGAGGAUGCGGAAGUUCUGGGAAGAACAUUCGCAAAACUCCUCAGUGCAGGAGAUGAUGCUGGACUCGGGGGCUCAGCAACUCACACAGGAAGACACCCCAGAGAUCAUUGCCCUCUUGCCUUGCCUGAAAGGACAGGACGUGUUGGAACUGGGAGCAGGCAUAGGGUGAGUCUUAGUGCAGGGAGCAGGUGAUGACCCUACUUCUCCCAGGCCAAAGUCUGGUCAAGCCAUCUCGCUCUCCCCCUUUCACACACAAUGCCUCAUUUUCCUUUCGACAGAUAAAGCUGUAAUAAUGCAAUAAAGCCCCAAGGAUUUCUACUGUCCUUCCAGGGCCAGAGGGGAACCCAGGAGUCCUGCUGUCUCCCUCCCCCCUUCAGCUAUGCAAAUCCUGUAGUUUCAUUUCCAGCAGAACCAGCUCUACCAUUGGGCAGAGGGAGGCAGCUGCCUCAGCCAGCAGAUAGGGAGAGUCCUUUGCUUCAGGCGGCCAACUGUCUUGGCAAGACCUUGAUUUCACCCCACCCCCCAAAAAACCAAGCAACUGACAGCAGAUUGCCUGCCUGAAGGUUUUGCCCCCAGCGCUUGUUGGCUAUGCUGUUCACUAGGAAGAGGGGGGAAAGCAUUUUGUACAUGUUCAGAGGCAUUCAGAGCUGGCCUAGGAUCAUUUGUGGCUUCAGGAGAAGGAUAGUCCACCCCCAAUUUACAUAUUUACACUAAAACCAACCAGAGAAUCUUAUUGAGGUACGGUGGUACCUCGGGUUAAGUAAUUAAUUGGUUCCAGAGGUCCAUUCUUAACCUGAAACUGUUCUUAACCUGAAGCACCACUUUAGCUAAUGGGGCCUCCCGCUGCUGCCACGGCCGCCGGAGCACGAUUUCUGUUCUCAUCCUGAAGCAAAGUUCUUAACCCGAGGUACUAUUUCUGGGUUAGCGGAGUCUGUAACCUGAAGCGUUUGUAACCCGAGGUACCACUGUACAAGUGAGGGGACAUUGCCCUCCCACACACCCAAGGGUGGCAAACAGCUUAGGGGGCACAGGGCAGGCCGCAAAACACACCCAUCUUGUGGGAGGAAAAUAGAAUCCCUGUGAUCCACAUGUGUAGGGUAAAUAAUGAAAGAACCGGCUGGGUGCCUGGAUUCAAAACGUGCAGCUAAACUCAUUCUGCAGCAGGAGAGGGGCCCCGGUAGCAGAGUUUAAAUCCACAAAAGCAAGCAGUAGAAUAGCGUUAGGAAUACAGGCUGUUAGAGCCUUUUAUCCCAUUAAGUCCACUUGCAUACAGCACUCCUCUUGCAUUGAACAGACCACACAUUGUUAAGUCAUUGUUAAAUAACAUCUGUGGCAGUUGCUUCACUCUAAUGCAAAGAUGGGGAAGCUUCUUCUAGCUUGAGGGCCACAUUCCCUUCUAAGCAACAUUCCAAGGGCCACAUCCCUGUGGUGGGCAGGGCCCUUGGGGAGAAUCCCAGCAGACAGAGAGCUCUGUAGGGCCGCAUCUGGCCCCUGGGCCUGAAGUUCUCCACCUCUUGGAAGCAGCUGGAAACUGCUAUGUCAAAUCCAGCAACUUUGCACAUCCUAGAGCCCCUUUCCUUGCGCUCACCCCUGGGGGAACCCCAGAUGCCUUGGAAAAUGCGCUGCCAAUGCAAUGAAGAAGAAGAGUUUGGAUUUGAUAUCCCACUUUAUCACUACCCGAAGGAGUCUCAAAGCGGCUAACAAUCUCCUUUCCCUUCCUCCCCCACAACAAACACUCUGUGAGGUGAGUGAGGCUGAGAGACUUCAGAGAAGUGUGACUGGCCCAAGGUCACCCAGCAGCUGCAUGUGGAGGAGCGGGGAAGCGAACCCGGUUCACCAGAUUACGAGUUCACCGCUCUUAACCACUACACCACACUAGCUCUCAAAACAGUUUCAAAUGAGGCGAAAACAGGCCCUCUGAGCCCGGCUUCGGCUGGGAAGGGUGGGAUAUAACUAAAUUAUUAUUAUUAUUAUUGCCCAUUUCAGGGACGAGGGGAAGAGUAGAGGAGAAAUGUGCUUGUUGGGUUUGAGGCCUAAGACCUCCCUCUCCCUGCUUUUCUGUCAGCCGGUUCACAGCAGCUCUUGCGAAGCUGGCGCACCAUAUCACAGCUGUGGAUUUCAUGGAGAGCUUCCUGGCGCACAACCGACAAGAGAACGGACACCAGCCAAACGUGGAUUUCCUACAGGCCGACGUUACCAGCCUGCAGUUGCCAAGCCAGAGGUAGAAACAGAUUUUAUUGUUGAUUUCAGUGGCGAUUUAUUAUACUUUUUCUCUCUCUUUUGGGGGGCCUUGUGAGCCAAAUGGAAAGAGCUGGUGGGUCUAAUCAGGCCCAUGGGGUGAAGGACCCCCAGCCUGAAGGUCUCUAGACAUCCUGAGCUUCAGACGCAAUGGUCCAAUGCUGGGGUGACAAGUCAAUAAUCACACCAGGGUUGGGGUAAAAGAAAAGAUUUAUUCAGACUGGAGAAAAAAGGCACCAAGUUCCAAAUCCUGCUCAUCUUUUCGCACAAUUUAUACAGUUAACUCCAUAUGUUAAUACUUGCUACGCUUCUAUUGUCAUUUAGUGCAAGCGAUCCCCAUGGCAACCUAAAACUACUUAUUUUUGUCUUAUCUCAUCUUGCAAAACUAGCAGUUACACUGGCUUGGUACACAGGUUAGGGGGUGAUGGGACGUCUGGCAGCUUUCGCUUAGUUUGCUUGUCAGUACAUUUUUGAGGGAAGUGGGAGGGCAAGAGCUAAAUUUGUAUGUGAUGGGGUGCCAGGGUGCUUAUCAGCUUUGGGCCAGCUUUCUGCUGACUAUACAUCGUAGUGUUACAUACCGCUCAAUAGUCCCGAUUUAAGCAGGAUAUCCCGGAAUCACAGAAGCCAAUCCCGGCUUCUGAUUGGAUCCUGGAAUGUCCUAUUUUUGGGGUCUGGUGCUCUAGUGCGUGUCAGCUGGCUUGCGCCAGAGCACCAGAAUGAAAGCCGCUUGUUUUUUGGUCUUGCGGGAACAAAAAGCGAGCAUCUUUUGGUCUUGCGCCCUUGCGCAUGCGCGAGAGCUCAGGACCCAAAAAGAAAAAAGAAGCGUCCCAGUUUUUGUCCCCGGAAUCUCAGAGGGUAUGGUGUUCUUUUGAGGUGGAAAAGUUACAGAGGAGGCUAACCGCCGAGAAGGCCAACGUUCUGUUAGUCUUGAUCCGAGCUAAUGCCUAUUAACUGAGGCAAAAUGGAACCUCUCUGGUUCUCCUUCAUACAAGCUCCCAUCAACGCAGCCUUUAUAGCUGGAGUCGGUCAGGGCCUCCCAGGCCUGGUGGGAAUGGACCAGGCAAGCAAGGAGCAGGCCUUGCAGGAUUCACAGUGAUUUCUCUCUUCUUCUUCUUUAAAUUUUAUUUAUGCUUUUCAGGUUUAGACAUUUCACUAAUUUUAAAAUCAUUGUAACAUUUCAAAACUUGACUUCCUUCCCCCUCUUCCUGCAGUCCCUUAAAUUUAUUUUUAAUAUCUUCUGCAUAUCCAAAUUAACUUAAUUUGCUCAUUUAAUCAUCUACUUUCAAUAUAUACUCUUACGAAACUGCAAUAACCCUGACAAUGUUCUUAUCUGUUUACAAUCUGUUUACAAUUUACAAUCUGGAAAUAUCCAACAAACCAUUUCCAUUCUUUUAUAAAAAAAAAGUUUGUUAUCUUGAUUUCUUAUUGUUCUGGUAUUUUUUUCCAUUUCUGCAUAUUCCAUAAGUUUUUUGUAUCCAUUCUUCCUUUGCUGGGACUUCUGCUUCUUUCUGUUUUGAGGCGAGUAAUAUUCUUGCUACUAUACAUGAAUAAGUUUCUACACAGUUUAGGUAGUUCUGUCCCUAAGAAAAGCUUCUGGGUUGUUGUUUUUAUACAAACGUUGUUUUAAACAUCCUUUUCAAUUCAUUAUAUAUCAUCUCCCAGAAAGCUUUAGCCUUUCUCUCUUCUCCUCCCCCCGUAGCUUCGACCUCAUAUUCUCCAACUGGCUUUUCAUGUACCUGUCAGAUACCGAAGUGAGUGACGUGGCCCAGAAGAUGCUUCUCUGGCUGCGUCCAGGAGGGCGACUUUUCUUCCGGGAAUCCUGCUUCUACCAGUCUGGUCAGUAGUUCCAAUGGGUGAGGGGGCAGAGCAAAGGAGACCAGUUCCCAAGAGACCCUGGAAGGUCCAUAAGUGGAGUUGACAUUCAGUGGGCGGUGCAGUUAAGAAAUGCUCCUGUAGCAAAAUUAACCUUUGAGGCUGAGGGAAAUCUCCAUGCGGCAGUGAGAAAACAAAGGGUGUUUAUUGCUAGCAAUAAUGGCUCAGUGGGAUCACUCUCCUGUUGUGUUCUGAAGGCAAAGGAAAGGACUGGACCCUGAUUAAUAAAAUAGACACGAGGCUUGGCCAGCAAGACUCUGGGAGGAAGUGCGAAUAGCCACUCUCUUGUCCAGGCCGUUUUUAUUAACAAAAGAACUCUUACACAGUGUUUGUAAGAACCAAUCAGAUUUCCUCUGAGGAAUCCUUUUAACUACAAAGAACUACAGUGGUACCUCGGGUUACAUAUGCUUCAGGUUACAUACACUUCAGGUUACAGACUCUGCUAACCCAGAAAUAAUGCUUCAGGUUAAGAACUUUGCUUCAGGAUGAGAACAGAUAUCGUGCUCCGGCGGCACGGCAGCAGCAGGAGGCCCCAUUAGCUAAAGUGGUGCUUCAGGUUAAGAACAGUUUCAGGUUAAGUACGGAUCUCCGGAACGAAUUAAGUACUUAACCCGAGGUACCACUGUACUUGAGCAUGCAUACAAGUUUUAGGCUAAAUAAACAGGAAUCAAGGAGGAAUGCAUUUAACAAACCUGGAGGUCAUAAACAGGCUCUCUCCAAAAGCUGAGCAAGCCAAAAUGGGUGGGGCCUGCUUAAUAUAGGUAGCUGUUAUCUAUUAAGCAAUAUAUAUGCAUAAACUUCCUCCAAUCUAAAGUUACAACACAACACAACUAAUUAUACCAUGUAUGGUCUUGCCUUCAUUACCUAUUCAUUAGGCAAGGAAACAAAGGACUCUAUUUUGUCAAAUGUAGACACUUAGGGAUGUUGUUUACAACCUUGGGACUAAAGCUGCUCCUAGCACAAAGAAAGGCACAAGGCCUCUAGCCUGGCUAGUUAGCUGAGCUUAUAGGUCUCUAUGUGCAUCACCCCAUCACUGAGCAAGGGCCUCUCCCCGACCACUUUGCCCAGCCCUGAACUCUGAAUCCAUUGCAGAGGUUAGAUUCAGUGCCGGAUUUACGUAUAAGCUAAACAAGCUAUAGCUUAAACCCCUGCUCUCUUGGGGGGGCCCCCAAAAAAACCACUGGAUGUACAUUUCCAAAAUAUAAGAUCAAAAAUAAAUAAAACUUACAUACAGCAACAGUGUUUUGUGUAGGCUCCUAUGAUGUAAGAAAUGGGCCCCGCCAGCUAGCCUAGUCCCUAAAAUAUCACUGGUUUGCUCAUUUCUAUAUAUAGGGUGCCUACAUUCUGCAUGUGCAAAUGGCUUUAGAUACCUAUUAGGUCCUAUAAAUUACCAUAUAGCAUAUAUUCAACACAAAAAACAGCAACAAUUUGUUGUUGACAAAGGACAGCUGGACAUAUUAAAGGGCCCCAUUACUUUUAGUAGCUUAGGGCCUCAUCAAACCUAAAUCCGGCCCUGGUUGGUUGCCUAGAAUCAAGCUCCCAAUCCUAUUAGCAUCUUUUCCCCCACAGGAGACCAGCCAAGGGCCUUCAACCCCACUCUUUAUCGAACGCCUGCAGAAUACAAUCACCUCUUCACUUCAGCCCAUCAGACGUGCGGGGACGAGCUCUAUGGAUUUGAGAUAGUCAUGUCCCGAUCGGUGCAAACUUACAUCAAGGUAACCGCCUCUUCCCUUCCCGCCCUUCUGCUCUGAAGCUGCGCCACAUGCGGAGGAGCACAGGAGCACGUGCCGAGGGCCUUCCAUGCAACCACAGCCACCUCUGCAUAGGAUGUCAUCGGGCAGCGAUGGCAUCUGGUGCCCGUUGGAACUGGUGGGAUGGGAAGCAGAGGACGCCCAUAGCUGGUGGAGGCAGCACCAACGCCAGUUGGUUUUAGUUCUGCCUCCGCCCUGUUGAGUUCUACAAGAGCAGCAGCAUUGAGACUCAGGAGAAGGAAGUUGACAGGCAGUGACAGUCCCUGGACAGGAUGGAAGUAUGGAGGCAAACAGGUAGGGGCUGGCUGAGGGCAGGCUAUGGUUUGGUGGGGCAAUACCCUGCUUGCCCAACGAUAGGGCAGGGCCCCCAAAUCGAAGGGUGUGGCUUUUUUGCCACUUAAUUUUUAUUUAGUUUCAUUUUUUAAAAUAUAAAUUAACAUCAGAUUUAAUACAUAAUUUAUAAGUUGACCUCCCACCCUUCUUUCACGGUGUUGUUGUUCCCACCCUUCUAUUCUUCCUUAUGCUUAUUAUUUAUUCCACAGUACUUUCGUUACUAUUAUUUUUAAUUUUCCAUCCGCUGCUCAGAAUUUAAUCCUUCCCAGCGCUUUACUUCUUAGGCCCCAGGCUCUACCCUGGCGGCUUGGUCAGGGGCUCUCGCAGUUUGCCAGGAUCUUGGGGACUAGAAACUUGUUUUAAAAUUCAAAAAGCGAAAAUGAGAUGAUGGGAAUGCCUGUUUCUGGCUUACGCUCCUUUUCACAGAGGAAGCAAAACCGCAACCAGGUGUGCUGGCUUCUCCAGAAAGUCCCCCGAAACCCCGAGGCCACCUGGGGAUACGACACUUUCCAGAAGUUUCUAGACAGCGAGCAGUAUGCCACCCGCAACAUCCGUCGCUACGAGUGGGUCUUUGGGCCUGGGUUCGUCAGCACCGGAGGCCUCACGACCACCAAGGUAUCUGGAGCUGGGGAAGGAAGUGGAGGGCAGGUCCAAGACCUCAGGCUUUGGGGAAACAGGCUAAAGAUGCCAGAAAUUAUUAACAUAGGAGAACAGGUUCCCUCAAACUGGUGCCUUCUGGACGUUUUGCACUACAACUUCCAUCAUCCUUCACCACUGGUCAUGUGGGCUGGGCCUGGUGGGAGCUGGACUCUUAGCAACAUCCUGAGGGCACCAGGUUGGGGAAGUCUGCAGAGAUACUUGCCAAGGGCAUCAGUUGCUGGGGAGAAAUUCUAUUCAUAGAAAUCACAGAAUUGUAGAGUUGGAAGGUAUCCUAAAGAUCAUCCAGUCCAACCCCCUGCAAUGCAGGAGUAUGCAGCUGUCCCAUACGGGGAUCGAACCUGCAACCUUGGCCUUACCAGCAGCAUGCUCUAACCAACUGAGCUAUAUUAGGAAAUUAUAAUAACAUUCCCUUCGAAAUAUGCUCAACAUUCCCUUCGAAAUAAAGUAAGUUUCUAGUCCACAUGGUCUUGAAAAAAAGGACUGGCUUAUAUAGGAAACUGUCUAUUACUGAGUCAGACCAUUGGUCAAUGCAGCUCAGCACUGUCUACACUGGCUGGCAGUGGCUCUCCAGGGUUUGAGGCAGGGGUCUCUCCCACCCCUACGUGGGAUUGAACCUGGGAGCUCCUGCUGCACACAAGGCCAGUGCUUUCCCACGCAGCUACUGCCCUUGCCCUCCUGCCAGAGACCCGCCUACCCCUUCCCCAUCUCUCUACAGGAGCUGGUACGUAUGCUGGAUUUGAAACAGGGCCAACGAGUGCUGGAUGUUGGCUGCGGACUCAGCGGGAGUGACUUCUACAUGGCUAAGGUACAAGCGCAAAUAAACCUUUGAAUAAGAAUGGUGACAGGACGCGGGUGGCGUUGUGGUUAAACCACAGGGCCUAGGACUUGCCGAUCAGAAGGUCGGCGGUUCAAAUCCCCGCGACGGGGUGAGCUCCCGUUGCUCAGUCCCUGCUGCUGCCAACCUAGCAGUUCGAAAGCACCUCAAAGUGCAAGUAGAUAAAUAGGUACCGCUCCAGCGGGAAGGUAAACGGCGUUUCCGUGCGCUGCCCUGGUUCACCAGAAGCGGCUUAGUCAUGCUGGCCACAUGACCCGGAAGCUGUACGCCGGCUCCCUCAGCCAAUAAAGCGAGAUGAGCGCUGCAACCCCAGAGUCGGUCACGACUGGACCUAAUGGUCAGGGGUCCCUUUACCCUUUACCUUUAAGAAUGGUGACAAUGGUUGGCUCUGGCAGCGUCGCAUGGUGCUUCCACAGAGUACAAGAGAAUGGGUCUCUACUCCCAAAGAGCUUACACAACUAAAAUCCAACACAGGGGGGAAGGGGCUGGCUGGAGCUGAUGGACGUUAGCUUCCCCACAGCUUCUGGAGAGCCACAGAUUCCCCAUCCCAGGUUUACAGAGCAGCGGACAAGAAGGAAUGAUGCAAGAGUGCAACUUGUGACAUCGCAGUAUUGCAUCAUCAGCCAUCAUUCCAUCUUCUAUCAGACUGUAUGGCCUUUUUUGACAUGCAUGCCAUCCAUGUUCCUUAUCCCAGAAAACAUGGGUUGACUGUGAGCAUAAGAAAAGCCUGUCUGCUGGAUCAGGCCCAAAGUCCAUUUAGUCCAGCAUCCUGUUCUCACGGUGACCGCCAGAUGUCUGUAGGAAGCCCCCAAACAGGAGAAGUGCUGCUGCAACUCUCUUCACCUGCAAUUUCCAGCAACUGGUAUUCAGAGGCUGGAACACAGCCAUCCCAGCUAGUAGAUACUGAUAGCUGUAUCUUCCAUGAAGUCUAUUUAAGGUUUUAUAGGUCAAAACCAGCACUUUGACUUGGGCCUGGAAACUGACUGGUAGCUAGUGCAGUUGGGCCGAGAUCUGUGUAAUAUGCUCAAACUGCCUUGCCCCAAUGAGCAACCUGGCCACUGAAUUCUGCACCAGCUGAACCGUCUUCAGAGGCAGCCCCACGUCUAACACCUUGCAGUCAUCUAACCUAGACAUCAGAUUACUGCAAUGAGUAGGGCUGACUUAAGACUCUAGUGCUGGCAGUGACGUAGCACGGGGUGGUUGGCCCGGGCACAAAAUUGUUAGGGGCGCAAAAUUUCAACACCUGGUUCUCCCUCAAUGCAGCUAAGCGCUUCCAUCGCUGGGCUCUGUUGAAAACAGCUUCUCCAUGCGAACUAAUAAUAAUAAUAAUAAUAAUAAUAAUAAUAAUUUUAUUAUUUAUACCCCAUCCAUCUGGCUGGGUUUCUCCAGCCACUUUGGGUGGCUCCCAACAGAGGACUAAAACAGAAUAAAACUUCAAACAUUAAAAACUUCUCUAAACAGGGCUGCCUUCAGAUGUCUUCUAAAAGUCAGAUAGUUGUUUAUUUCCUUGACAUCUGAUGGGAGGGCGUUCCGCAGGGCGGGCGCCACUACCAAGAAGGCCUUCUGCCUGGUUCCCUGUAACCUCACUUCUCGCAGUGAGAACUAGGGAGUGACCUCUCCAGACAAUGGAACGACUCUUCUUAUCUCUGUGGCUGUGAUCUCCUGGGUGGCGCGGAUACUGUUAGACAGCUGAAUGUGCAUGCAUUCUCCAUCUGUUUCCCUCUCUCCCACCACCUCCUCUGGGCAGCCCUGGGCACUGGCAACUCACGCUAUGCCACUGAGUGCUGGAAGCUCCUGUUUUCUUCCAUGAUGGCCCCAUAUUUUUUUUACGGGGAGGGAAUUUUUUAAUGGUAUUUUCAGCAGUGACAACAUAAAAAUAUGAAAGCAAGGAUAUAGCAAAAGAGGAGAGCAGAAAGGAAAAAGGAAGGAAGGAAGGAAGGAAGGAAGGAAGGAAGGAAGGAAGGAAGGAAGGAAGGAAGGAAACCAUACAAAACAGGAUUAAACGAUCUCCCAUUCCUAGAAUGUACAUUAUAAAACUCAAAGCAUUAAACCUCCGGACCACCACAUUUUAAGUAAACCUAAAAGAAAAGAAGUUCACAAACAGCCUAUGAUUAUGGUCCCAUCUUUGAGCUAUCAUCUAGCCUUGAGGUGGCCUGACUCUUUCCUUUCCUCCCAAGGAGUUUGGCGUGGAAGUCCUGGGCAUGGAUCUUUCCCACAACAUGGUGGAGUUGGCUUUGGAGCGAGCGCAAAAGGAGACUGGAUCCUUGGUAAUGAUGAGGGGAAAGGGAGGGGGAACCAAAGGAAGCUGCCCUAUUAUACUAGUUACACCUGCUUCAGGUCCACCUGACUGAUAGGGAGCUCUCUGAGGUUUCAGGUAGGGUAGACAUUCCCAGCCCUACCUGGAGAUGCUAGGAUUGAACCUGGGACCUUCUGCACGCAUUGCUGAUGUUCCACCACUGAGCUACAGCCCUUCCGAAUUAAUUAAAGGGAAUUAAAGGGGCAUCUAGACUGUAGCAAACUGGCUCAAUCUCAUGUCAGCAAAUUCAUGUUAAGCUGUUAAAGCUGAUUUGGUGCUUUGGGGCAACAAAGAGAUGGGGAGAGAUUCGUUUUUGUUUGCAUUUAAACGAGAAACUACCCAACUUGCACUUCUCGAAUCGAUACUCAAACCAGAAUACAGCUGUCCUUCACAAAUGCUCACUUCUCUGAGUUUUGAGUUGCAGUUCUCCAACCAAGAACUGUGUACAAGCAUGCACGCAUCAGUAGCAAGUGCGCAUAGAAUGCGCAUAUUCAUGCAAGCAACAAAUAUAUUUUAUAUUAAUUACGUGCAAAAAUAUGUACAAAACUGAAUGCAAAAAUGUGUGUAUUAGGAAGAAAUUUGCACUAAAAUACUGAUGAAUUUUCAUCAAGAUUUUUUAAUGUUUUUAAAAAAUCUCAAAUUGCUACGUAAUUCAUCAAAAUAUAUAUAUAUAUAUUUUAAAAUCCAUAAAUUGAUACGGAAUGCAUCAAGACUUUAAAUUGUUUUUAAAAAUCACAAAUUGCUAUGGAAAUUCGGAGAACUGAAUUUAAAACUGGAAGAAUGAGAAACUGAGACAAACUGAAAUUAACAGAUUCCUUCAUCCCUAACUGCUUCCCCUCUCCCAAACUGGACUUUUUGCAUUAAGGAAAGUUACAGGAAAAAGCACUGGGAAGUGUGGGAUAAUUCUAGUUUCGAAGAAACAUCACUUAACCUCCCCGAAAGCAGAACAGAAAUGAAUGCUCAUUCAAUAGCCAAUAUUGUUGAAUCUCCCUGCAAAGAUAUCAGGAUAAACAGGUCAUCUGGAAGCAGCUAAGCAAGUGAAGGCUGUGUACACACCAUACAUUUAAAAGUACAUCACACACACCUUCCGCAAAAAAAUAAUAUUCUAUGAACUAUAGUUGGUUAAGGUUGCUGGGAAUUGUAGCUUUGUGAAGGCUAAACAGCAAUUCCCAGGAUUCGGGGGCGGGGAGCUAAAAAUGUAUGUUGUGUAGCUCUCUAAGUCAGCCAUCUAAAAGGGCAGAGCUCCUGUUCAUUUCAUGGGAGCUUGGGUGAAAACACUUCCUAGGUCAGGGGUGUCCAAACUUUCUUCAAAGAGGGCCAGAUUCGAUGAAGUGAACAUGCGUGAGAGCUGACCAGAGUUGCUGAGCUUUUUUUAGGAUUGAAUUUAGACAUGCCUGUCCUAGGUGGAUCAGCUGCAAUGCUACUUAGUAGGAGAGGCUGCUGAUUGGAUUUCACUCUGAAACAUUCUUGUGCCGGCUCUGCUUCUAGGUGCAGUUUGAAAUUGGCAAUGCCACGCGAAGGACGUUCCCAGAGAACACCUUUGAUGUCAUCUACAGCCGGGACACUGUCCUGCAUGUGCCAGGCAAGAGUGCUCUCUUUGCAAAGUUCUUGGUGAGUCUCCUGCCUCUUAACAUGCAGAAAAAUACAAGCAAUUCAGCCUCGCAUCAUUGGGGGCAGCCCUCUGGCAGAAUCCAAAAACUGUGUUUUCCCCCAGUGCCCUAAAAUGAAGCAGCGCUCAGAGUACAUGGGAAACAGCAGUACUUUAUUUUAUCAAUGCCCUUAACAAGCAGUUCGUGCCCAAUGGGUUUGGGAGGGCUAGGCUUGCCAUGCGUCAGGAGAAACCCUGACGUGUCCUGGUUUUCAGGUGUGAAGGGGAAAACCCGCAUGUAUGGCAACGCGAUGGAAAAAGCAGCAGAAACAGUUCCCAAAGCUCGACAAUUUUGGGUUCUUCCUUAAAAAAAAAAAAAAGCUCACCAACUUUGCAGGUGUUAGGAAUUUUGCUUUUUGAAAUACGGCAACUGUAGGUAGGGCAGAAGGCAGGAAGGCUGAAAUUAGGUGGCGAUAGGGCCAAUCACAUUCUGGUUUUGCCCCUAUCUUCCUGCUGAGUUCUGUGAGGAAACACACACAAACAGGAAGCAGCCUUUGGUGUAAACAAAACAGAGGGCUUAUUCACACUUACGCUUGUCCAGCUGCUUCCCCCAGGAAAAACUGCUCUUUGGUGUUCAGUUGGAGCAAACAGCAAUCUAUAUUUUCCCCGGAUCGACGUUUGUUCCAAUUUAGCACUAAAGAGCAGGUUUUCCCCAGGCAAGGAACAGGGCAAGGGGGAAACCACUCUGACUUGUGCUUUCCAGGCACACCUCAAAUGCAUCAUCAACACCUUUUGCCGUUCUAAUGCCUCUCUCCCAGGUGAGACCUUAGCUUGGAAAGAAAACUUAGUCUAUAUUUUUCCACUGGCCUCCAGUCUUCCUUUCAGUACUCCAAGCAAUCAAAAUCCUACCAUUUAGCAACUUCUAGGGUUUAAAGAGUCCCCCCUUCCCUGCAAAUCUAUAACACCAUGCUGUGAACCUCCCUGAGAUCUAUGGAUAAAGAGUGAAUAACAACAACAACAACAACAACAACAACAACAACAACAACAACAACAAAUUAAUAAUAGUAUGCAGUCAUACCUCGGGUUACAGCCACUUCAGGUUGCGUCUUUGCGGGUUGCGGACCGCCGAAACCCAGAAGUACCAGAACGGGUUACUUCCGGGUUUCAGCAGUUGCGCAUGCGCAGAAGUGCCGAAUCACAACCCGCGUGUGUGCAGACACAGGUUGCGAAUGCUGCGGGUUGCGAACGUGCAUCCCGCAUGGAUCACGUUUGCAACCCGAGCGUCCACUGUAAUUAUAAUGAUGGUAUUCUGGAUCCUUUUGAUCAAACUGCGGCAGGCAGUGGAAGACAGAAGUGCCUGGCAUGCUCUGGUCCAUGGGGUCACAAAGAGUCAGACACGACUAAAUGACUAAACAACAACAACAACAACAACAACAACAACAACAUUCAACAACACCAGCACCCACCGCCCUCAAAUCUUACCCAGCCAUCUCUCUGUCUCCUCUCUAGUCGUGGCUGAAGCCAGGCGGGCAGCUUCUCAUCUCUGAUUAUUGCUGUGGGCCUCACCCCUGGUCAAAAGCUUUCAUGGAGUACGUCAGACGGAGGGGCUACAGCCUUCUCACACCCUGGGAAUAUGGCCAGGUAUGGGUGUGUGUGUGUUUGUGAAAGAAGGCAGGCAAGUAAGUAGGCCAUAGCAGGUGUUUUACUUAGAUUAAGGCUACGUACCCUAUUUGUAGCCCCAAAACAUAGCUUUUCUCAAUCCAGAAUCGUUCAUGAUCAUCCUUAACGUGCUGCUUUCAAUCUAGGGCAGGGGUUUUCAACCUUUUUGAGUCCAAGGCUCCCUUGACCCACUGCAUUCUUUCUGUGGCACCCCUGUGGGGCUCCGGAGCCCAGUUAUGUCACCCCUUGCCUGCAGAGCCCACAGCCUCUCACCCUUUUUCGAACACCCUCCCUUGUGUUUAGGGUUCCCUCAGCCUCUUUUCCUCUCCCCUCUCCUUGGGAGUCCUUUGGCCAGCCGCUGCUGCCACUCCUGGUCUCUGAGCUGCUCCCCACGCCCACCCCAAAGAGAGGUGUCUCCUCACACUGCCCCACCAGGGCCUGGGGCUUGUCUGUCCAUUCCCAACAGCACGGGCUGGAGGGCUGGCUGGCUGGGCUCCCUCACCUGCUUGCUUGCUUACUCCGAGGCCACCUCAGCUCCUGGCAACCAGCACCCCUUGGCCAGCCCCAGAGGCACCAUUCGCCUGGGGGGCUUGUAGCCAGGGCUGCUGCAACAAACAGCUGUGCAAGCCUUUGGGAGGCAGAGACGUGAGAGGGCAUCAGAGGGAGGGAGGGAAAGAAGGAGGGACAGAGGCCAGUGUUGCCCAAGGCACCCCUGAGCACCAUUCAAGGCACCCUAAGGCAUAGCUGUCAACUUUUCCCUUUUCUUGUGAGGAGUCCUAUUCAGAAUAAGGGAAUUUCCCUUUAAAAAAGGGAAAAGUUGACAUCUAUGCCCUAGGGUGCCACAGCACACUGGUUGAAAACCACUGCUGUAGGGAAUGUGAUCGUAUAAACAGGCUCCCGAAAGGCUGGGUGUGGUAGGGGUGGGAGCCAUUGAUUCUGGCAGAGCUGAAUUCAGAAAGGUCCCUCACCUCUCAUCCUCAUUGCCAACACCUUCCAGGUGCUGCAGGAGGCUGGAUUCAGGCAGGUCCAGGCGUUGGACUAUACAGAGCGGAUGCUGUCAGCCUUGACUCAAGAGCUGCAAGAGCUGGAAAGAAGUUGGCAGCAAUUUGUCCAGGUGGGUCGGCAGAUUGGAGAUGAAGCAGCCUAGAGCUGAGCUUGUCUCUCUCCCUGUGUGGCUACACACACACACACACACACACACACACACACACACCUGUUGAAAACUGACAGACUUGGACCACAGGCAGGAGCAGCCUGUCCUGUUUCGUCUCCCCUCUGCCAAAGCCUCGCUUACCAGGGUCACACGGCUUUGGCUUCCAGCUUCCGGGGAGAUCUUGCCGAAACCUGGAAGCCAGAGUCACUUCUCCGGUGACAGGGAAAAAGCGAGCAGAAGCAGUGGUAAGAUGUCGCCGGAAGCUGCCUCUGCCGCUUCUCACUUCUCUGGUGGCAGGAGCAGAGAACUGCCCUGGGAUUCCGCCGCCCGAGGCAGCUGCUUCAGUCUGUCUCAUGGGUGGGCUGGCCCUGACCAAUGAUGGCGCCAUGAAAACAAAUAUUGGGAGAGAGCAAGGGCAUUUCGGAGGACUGGGCAAGCAGUUGAAAAGGGCCGAAGUAGAACCAGUGACCUAGGCUGGGGUACAAUCUGUCCUUUUUAUCAUGUGGCAUUAUGGCCACUCAAAGUAAAUAAUGCUGUGGUGGUCAUCUUUGGCGGAGGCGAGGCAGGAUUUGUCCUUUUUAUCAAAAUGCAGGAGAAGCACUUUUAGAAUAUGAUGUUUUAAGCUUUAGAACUUCUCUCUCUCUCUUUUUUACAGUUGUAAGUUGCUUCGAGACCUUUUAUGAGCAACAAAUAGGUGUAAUUAAUUGUAAUAAUUAAUUUAUUUGCCGGGAGCUCCAGGCAAGCAGAUUUCAGACAAACAUUAGGCAAAACUUCCAAGGGAGCGGAGAGCGGGCAGUAUAAAUAUUUCUACUGCACCAUGAGGACAUUUACAAUUCCUUCUUGUUCUCUGUUUAUUUACAGCAUUUAUAUUGUGCAUAAUCAUAGCAUUUCUGAGCAGUGUAAAUAAAAACAAACCAUACGGUGAUGGGGGGGACAACAUGAUUCAGUUUGAAUUUAAAGACGAACCUACCUAAUUUGCACUAACUGGAACAAUAUGUGAACUGAAACAGAACUAUUCUUGGAAAUUUGCACUUUUCUGGAUUUUGCAAAGCAGUUUCUAACCAAGCAACGUGUACAAAAAUGCAAAAAUGAAGGUAAGGUGUGCAUAAAAAAGCACACCUUGGUGAACGUAAGCAUAAAAAAUGCAUUUUGAGGGGAAAUAUAAAUAUAUGGGGAAAGAUGCUUUGCAAAAAUGCAUGCAUUAGGCAGAAAUACUGAAGAAAAUGUGUAUGUUGGGAGAAAUUUGUACUGAAAUGCUGAUGGAUUUUCACGAGGACUUUAAAAAUAAGUCCCCAAACUGAUGUGCAGGUGGAAACAACUGAACUUAUGCUUGGAAAAAUGAGAAACUGGAAGAAACCUCAAUUGACAGAUCUGUCCCCUGCCUAGACAGAGAACAAAACAAUAAAUUUCACCCCACCAGGGAUUGUGAGUGACUCUUCUCUUUCUUCUCUGCCUAGGAAUUCUCAGAGAGCGAGUUUGAGUCCUUGGCCUCUGGAUGGAGGGAGAAGCUGCAGCGCUGUGCGGAUGGGGACCAGCGCUGGGGGGUCUUCUAUGCUCUGAAGCCGCAGUAGCUGCUGCCCCACCCCCAGCCUGGGGCGGUGAACUCCUGUCCAGCUCCAGGAGCUUUUUGGCCCAGCAAGCUUUUAAUAGCAUUUACUUGUGUUUUCUUCCUACUGCUGCCUGGUCAGGUUUCAAGUCUGGAUCCACUGCAAGAGUUUGUAAGAAACUUUGCCUUCCAGUCUGGAUUUUUGCUGGCCUUUCAGUCAGAUUACUUGGCUUUGCACUAUUCCAGGUCUGGCUGCAAGUGUGGAAGGAUUUCUCUUUCUCUCUCUGUUUCUUUCCUUCUUCCCUCCUUCUUUCCUUUCUUUCCCUCUUCCUGGAACGAUCCCCUCCUCUCCCUCCGCAUCUCUGUUCCAUCUGUUUCGGUUAUUAAAAACUUACUACAUUUUCUUUA